AUGACUAUCUUAAGUUUGUUUCGGUUAGGAAGCUUAUCAAAAGUUACAAAAAGUUUGAGUCAAUUACAAGUUGAGAAAUUUUCUUCAUACAUCAAAUAUGCAGAACACAAGGAAUUGGAAAAAAUCAGAAACAUUGGUAUAUCAGCUCACAUUGACUCAGGAAAAACUACUCUAACUGAAAGAAUACUAUUUUACACCGGCAGAAUAGAUCAGAUGCACGAGGUAAAAGGCAAAGAUAAUGUAGGCGCUGUAAUGGAUUCAAUGGAAUUGGAGCGUCAAAGAGGGAUUACUAUCCAGUCGGCAGCAACAUAUACUAUAUGGAAGGAUCACAAUAUCAAUAUAAUAGAUACACCAGGUCAUGUGGACUUCACAGUGGAAGUUGAGAGAGCAUUACGGGUUUUAGAUGGAGCAGUAUUAGUGCUGUGUGCCGUCGGUGGUGUACAGAGUCAGACUUUAACAGUUAAUAGGCAGAUGAAGAGGUAUAAUGUACCGUGCGUGGCAUUUAUUAAUAAGUUGGACAGAAUGGGGUCUAAUCCUGACAGAGUUUUAAAACAGAUGAGGUCCAAAAUGAAUCACAAUGCAGCAUUCCUACAUUUACCGAUGGGAUUGGAGAAGGAAUGUAAAGGUAUACUAGACCUUGUUGAAGAGAAGGCUAUGUAUUUUGAGGGGGAUUACGGUGAAAUUGUGAGGUUGGAUGAAGUGCCUCAAGAUAGAAGAGCUGAAGUGAAGGAAAAAAGACAUGAACUUGUUGAACAUCUUUCCAAUGUUGAUGAAAUCUUAGGUGAGAUGUUCCUUGAAGAAAAAGUCCCAACCAACGCAGAUAUAAAGCAGGCUGUGCGUCGUACAACACUAAAACGGACAUUCACUCCAGUUUUAAUGGGAACAGCGUUAAAAAAUAAGGGGGUCCAGCCUUUAUUGGAUGCUGUACUAGAUUACUUGCCGCAUCCAGGGGAAGUUGAAAACACAGCUCUUACUGGCGAGAAAAAGGGAGAAGCGACUACCAUAGUGUUGGAUCCUACAAGAAGCGAUGCUAAGCCGUUUGUAGGGUUGGCAUUCAAAUUGGAAGUCAGCAAAUUCGGUCAACUGACGUAUCUGAGAUGUUAUCAGGGCAUGUUGAAACGAGGGGAAACGAUAUACAAUUCAAGAACAGGUAGAAAGGUGAAAAUAUCACGUUUAGUCCGAAUGCACUCCAACAAUAUGGAGGAGGUGAACGAAGUGUUGUCUGGUGAUAUCUUCGCUUUGUUCGGUGUUGAUUGCGCGUCCGGUGAUACCUUCGUUAACGACAGUAAACUACAACUAUCAAUGGAAUCGAUACACGUACCGGAUCCAGUUGUCUCCAUGUCUAUAAAACCCAAGAAUAAUAAGGAUAGAGAUAAUUUCUCUAAGGCCGUUGCAAGAUUCACCAAAGAGGAUCCGACCUUCCACUUCCGGUACGACAGCGAUAACAAAGAAACAGUGGUUUCCGGUAUGGGGGAACUUCAUCUUGAGAUUUAUGCGCAGAGAAUGGAAAGGGAAUACGGCUGUCCAGUGGAGCUUGGGAAACCAAAGGUUGCUUUCAGAGAGACUAUGAUGUCACCGUGUGAGUUUGAUUAUCUUCACAAAAAGCAGUCCGGCGGCGCGGGUCAGUUCGCGAAGGUCACUGGCAUUAUGGAACCAUUGCCGCCACAUCAAAACACGCUGUUAGAGUUCGUUGAUGAAACGAUAGGAACGAACGUACCGAAGCAGUUCGUUCCCGGUGUUGAGAGAGGGUUUAUUGACACGUGUCAGAAGGGAUAUCUGUCGGGUCAUAAGAUAUCGGGCGUCAAGUUCAGGCUACAAGACGGCGCUCAUCACAUAGUGGACUCCAGUGAACUGGCAUUCUUUUUGGCUGCGAAAGGCGCUGUUAAAGAAGUUUUCGAGGACGGUGCGUGGCAGAUUUUAGAACCAAUAAUGUCAGUUGAAGCGGUGAUGCCGGAUGAGUUCCACGGAGCUGUGAUAGGACAGCUGAAUAAGAGAGGCGGCAUCGUGACCGGUACGGAGGGCAGCGAAGGUUGGACAACGAUAUACGCUGAGGUGCCCUUGAACAAUAUGUUCGGGUACGCUGGGGAACUCAGAUCGAUGACUCAAGGUAAAGGUGAGUUCAGUAUGGAGUACAGUCGUUACUCGCCGUGUCUGCCCGACGUCCAAGAACAACUUAUAAGAAAAUACCAAGAGGAAAUGGGUUUACUACCAGAUCAGAAGAAGAAGAAAAAUUAA